GUUAAAUAUAUGCUAGAUUUAUGACAAUCAAGUCGCAAGGAAAUUUAAGUUAUUUUAUAUUCUAAGCUCUGUAUGUAUUGUUGUAACCUUAUUCUUUCUUAAUCAAGAUAGACACAACGUAAACUCUUCUUUCUCUUCUUUCUCUUCUUUGUUGUUUUCAGCAUUUACAUUCAAUAAAUCCAUGAUUUCUAGCAUGGUAUCAGAGCCCAUGGUACCCGUUCUGGUACCUUGUGGCUUUUGUGAUUUUCUCUUUGCUUCCGCAUUUUAAUCUCUUAGCGAUUUCUCUUUCCCCAAAUCGAAACCCUAGCCUCCAAUCUUGUCAAAUCGAAGACGUCAGUCCUCCCAUCAGAGAUGCCCAGUACGACUUCUUCUGUUCGCCUUCAUCGCCAUCUUUGGUUCGCGUUCUGGUCCUCUCUCUCUCCGGCACGGUCUCAUGUAGUCUCUUUUCCAUCCGUCGUUCUUAGAUUUAGUCAGGAUGAUGUCGGAGAAGGAGAUUCUACGGUGAAUGCGAGAUGGGUAUUCUGAGCCGGUGAUGUGGCUCUCUCCUCUCAGCCAGCUCCCAUCUUCAUAUUCUCUUACCGAUGCAAUAGAGAUGGAGAGGGACUACCCUGGCUGGCUUGUCAAGUAUCGUGUUGAUCUUAAUCUGCUAGUCGCAGCUCUUCCUGGAGAGGAUUGGAAUGCUUGUGUUGUCUUGGGCCUUUCUCAAGAGGAUGAGACAGAUAAUGGGGUUGAGGAUACUUCAACUCAUCUUUUGUUGCAGCUGCCUGGUAAGAUCAUAUCCUAUAAUCUGAGGGAAGACCUAGCUUCAAGACAUCUGUUGAGUUAGGCAAUAAGGAACUUUUUCAAGCUUUAGGUGACUAUGAUCAUACUCAAGAUGAUGUUGAUUAUCAUUAUACU